AAAGAUCUCAAGUUCAACCCGCUGGGGAACAAGUCAGACAGAGCGCUAGCAGGAAGCUGCAGCUCGCCAACGACGACAAUAGCCUAUUUUCAGCUAGAAACACUACCCAACUACAAAUGCACAGUAAUUAUCAGCAACCAGUAAAUAACUUGCAGCGCUAACUUCCAAAAAACGAAAAUCCUGGAAUUAGUUAACGGCUAUAACGUUUCCGCUCAUUACCAACGAAGUUGUUCACGAAAGCAUUCCGAACAUCAUAUCAAACAUCAGCGAGCUAUCCGCAUAACAUGGACGAAACCAGUCCAAGCCGUACACCUAAGGGGAAAGUUUUGAAAAGGGGUACCAGUGUUGAUGAAGUCGAAGAAGAGGCCAAGAGGCUGAAACACCUCAAAAAAGUGAGGGCGUUGGGCGAAAAGGAUGAAUCUGAAAAGCUGCUUGAAGACCUGGUGUUUGGUGCUGAGGGCGAGCUGAUUGAAAAACUCAUCUCUAAGCGUGAAGACGACGUGGGCAGGGGUCUUCUUGAGGAAGAAUCCAGCGAUUCAGAAGUUGAAAAUGAAGCAAGACUCGAGGUUCCUGCAGCCAAGAAAGCCGUCUGGGAUGACGAUGAUGAUGAUGGCGACGAAGAGGCUUCAGGGGAGGCAGAGGUGGACAUGACUCACAAGUACCGCAGGGAUUUUAUGAAGAGUGAUGCAGAAAAAACCCUCCCCAAGCAGAAACUACAGCAGAGGCUCCAAGAACAGUUCCGGAGAGCAAUGGGUGGAACUCCAUCCUGGGCAGAGGAAGGACUGAAAAAGAAGAAGAAAAAAGAUAAGAAGCAUGCUGAUGAUGAUGAUGAUGACGACGAUGACAGUGAUGAUGAAGAUGACAACUUGUUGCGUAAAACGGGGAACUUUGUAGCUUCAUCAGAAAGCCUUCCCAAAGGAAUCAUACAGAUGAAGAAGUGCUUGGAAGCCAACAAUGACCGUCCGUCGGAGGGCAGGCUGACCACAGUGCAGUUCCACCCCUCUGCUCAGGUCGUCAUGACGGCAGGAGUGGACCACAACAUCAGCCUCUUCCAGGUUGAUGGAAAGACCAACCCCAAGAUCCAGAGUCUUCACCUAGAGAAUUUCCCAGUGCACAAGGCCCAGUUCAGCGCUGAUGGGGAGCAAGUGGUCGCCACCAGCAACUAUAAUAAGCUAUUCUACGUCUACGAUAUGAUGGAGGGGAAGGUCAUCCCUGUCUACUCGAUCAGAGGUUUAAAUGAGAAAAAAGUGAAAGAGUUUCAGAUUUCGCCAGAUGGCAUGUUUCUUCUGCUCAGUGGCACCUCCGGGUAUCUUCACUUGGUAACAAUGAAGACUAAAGAGCUCGUCCGAAGCUUCAAGAUUAAUGGGGAAGUCAGAGGAGCUGCAUUUUCACAGGACGGCAGCAGAAUAUACAUCAGCUCAGAUGAAGGGGAGGUAUUCAUUUGGGAUGUGAAAAAGAACAAAUGCAUAAACCGGUUCGCCGACGACGGCUCUUUAAGCGGGACCUCUAUCGCCGUGUCCCAAAAUGGGCAGUACAUCGCUUGUGGGUCCAGCUCCGGCGUGGUGAACGUGUAUCACCACGACGCGUGCCUGCGGGAGUCCGAGCCCAAGCCGCUGAAGGCCGUCAUGAACCUGCUGACCGCCGCCACCUCGCUGCGCUUCAACUCCAGCACCGAGGUCCUCGCCAUCGCCUCCAGCGCCGCGGACGAAGCCGUUCGGCUGGUGCACAUCCCCAGCUUCACCGUCUUCUCCAACUUCCCCGUGUCCAAGCACAGCUUCGUCUUCCACCCGCAGUGCGUGGACUUCUCCCCCAACAGCGGCUUCUUCUCCGUGGCCAACAACAAGGGCCGCGCCCUGCUCUACAGGUUGAAACAUUACACGGACUUUUAAGACAUUUUGAAGGCACUCGUUUUUUUCAGCGAGAGGAAGACCGUGAGGAAGAGCGAAGCACCGACGGCCAGUUUUUAACGGCGUGAGUGUGUGCGGUGCCGUCGUCCCUGUGCGGUCACACCGGCGCGACCGCUCAGACCGCGUCUUUCCGCGUCUAGGCCAAAUCGGUUUCGCGCUUCUUUUCGGAACCUUCUGGACUGCCAAUACGUUUGCACGCAAAAAUAAAAUAAAAGUUAUUUUCUACAUGUUUGUUCCCAAUAAGAGCGUCUGCCGGAUGAUUGCCAUUGUAAUUUAAGCAUAUUCAUCGAGUUAAAUCCCCAAUAGUGUCAUUUUUAGACUGGAUUUGCACCUCAGACUUGGGGCGUAGUCGUAAGAAUGUCUUCUCACACUGGGUCCAUGUAUUAAUGGGGUACGGAAAGCCCGUCUCCAUGUCCUAUACGCUGUGGUGUUAAAUCUGGUUAAUUUCUCCUGUGUCCUGUAAAUUUGUUCAGAGCUUCUGCAUCGUAAAGACCUUUUUGUGGUGCCAGUCCAGUCCAGGCCAGUCUCCUGGAUUCCGCCAAUAUUUGCCCAGUACUUCAACUUAAAUAUAAAUCAUUUCUUCAAUAGAGGGACUUUUACAAACUUUGUAAAUGAAAAAAAUAAAAGAGAUGCUUGCCUUUUA